AUGGUAAGGUUAAUUUGGCCAUUCGAAUUCCCUCGAACCAAACGGUUAAAGCUUGAACUGGAAUGCUGAAGCGAAAUUUUCUGAAGGGGGUCAGCUGUCAAUUCUCCGGCGAAAUUGGACUGUGCAUAUUGUCCGAGGAAAAGGUUUGACUGAGGGAUGAGGAUGGCAACCGGAGCUGGAAGGGGAAGUCUGGUGAUGGCAGCCAAUUAUAAGUUGGACACCAUCUCCUUCGAUGGGUUUCACCGGAAUCCAAAUCAUUUGCAGCGUCGUCUCUCCGCUUCCAAUCCCUCCUGGGUCAUCAGAACUGAGUCAAAUGUUAGAAAAGAACAACGUAAAAAUCCAGAUCCACCUUGUAUUGUCUGUGGAGGAAGUGGAAGAGUCAAGUGCCACCACUGUCAGGGAAGAGGCAGGACGAACUUUGUACAUCUAGCGAUGCUUCCAAAAGGGGAGUGGCCGAAAUGGUGUAGGACUUGUGGUGGAAGUGGACUUGGUUUUUGCUCUCGUUGUCUGGGAACCGGGGAAUUCAGGGAUAUCAUUGGCUUCCAUUUCAUGAAGAUGAACAAAGAUCGGACGCAAGAUUCAUAGCUGGAACUUCAGUAACAAGAAAGACCAUGGGACAGCAUGCACUUUCAUGCCUUCAUUGUGACUAUGUAAAUCUUGUUUUGAAGGUGGUUUUACGUAUGAUUUCAUUUUAUGGCGGUUGAUAUGUAAUUUGUUAAUCAAUAGUUUGUUCAAAUUGAAAGUAGAUUUGAUGGUGAAUUCUUAGAUUGAUAUAUAGCAGGCUCCAAAAUGAACAGAGUAACCAUUGUGCUUGUCAGGUAUAAGUUGUAAAGGACUACUAACCAAUAGAGCCUCAAAAAUAGUUUGUAAUUAUUAUUUGAAGCUGAGUUCUGCCUUGUUAAUCA